CAUAUUGUUCUUUUGUUGGUUCUUUUGAAAGUGUUCUUUUGAAAAAGAACACAGAGAAAGCUGUGAUCUUUUGAAUUUAUAUUUUUGGCGCAGUUCUUCAAAGCUUUCCGUGAUGAGACAUCGGAUGAAUUUAACAAAGAUACAAGGCGCCUGACCAAGGAGCUUGGUCGUAGUGCUUACGUUUAUUAUUGAAUAGUUGAUGAUUUCGUCGACUCCUUUUCCGGAAAGACCACUAAUCUGCAAACGAUUAAAGAACAAUGAGUUUAGCAACCAAACACUGAUUUCUCACUUCAUCUUCGAAAGCUAUAUAGUCAUUUAAUUGGCACCUACGGUUUCAAACGUCUGUGAAAAAUAAAAGUCAUGCCACCGUUUCAACCGGCCAGUCAAGAUCGAGUCGCCUUCAACGCCGAGUGGUAUGACCCGGAGUCAUCACUGACUCGUGACAUGGUCCUCUACUUUUACACAGAGGACAGCUCCGUAGAGCUAUUUGACCGCAGAACCAACCGAACGUAUCUAAAGAGAACCCAGGUUCCGACGGUCACCUGCAGUGAUCUAGCGCUGGGUAACCUGGUUACGGUUCUUGGCCGACACAUGCGGCUUGUCGAGUACGCCAACAAGAAGACACGAGACAUAUUCGAGGACGACUCCCAGUCCACAUUGGCUCUGGUGAAGCCCGCUGCCGUUCAGCACCUAGGGAAGAUCGUUCAAAUCAUCGAGAAGCAGGGCCUGCGGGUGACGCGCGCGCGCAUGGUGCAGCUCGAGCGGCACGAGGCGGGCGUGUUCUUUUCGGAGGCACAGCAGCACUGCCAGGCGGCCGAGGAGCUGGCUUAUCUGACUGCUGGGCCGUGUGUGGUGCUGCAGCUGACAGGUCAGGACGCCGUGCAGCGCUGGAGGGAGUUGAUGGGUCCCACUGACUGUCUGACGGCCAGCGAGGAGUGCUGCGACACCGUGCGCCGCCAGCUGGGCGCCGAACUCGAUAACAAUUGUCUGCACGGCUCAACAGGAUGCGAGGCGGCCGUCCGCGAGCUGCGGUUCUUCUUCCCACCCGCUGGCGACGCCCGGCCGCUGACGUCAGCUCGCCUCUCGGCUGACGGCUCGUGCUGCGUCAUCCUGCCGCACGUGCUGGCCGAGCGGCGGCUGGGUGACGUGCUGGCCGCCAUCCAGGCCGAUCACCGCGUGACGGUGACGGCUCUGGACAUGAUGACGCUGACCGGCGCGGAGGCGAGCCGUCUGCUCGAGGUGUACCGCGGCGUGCUGCCAGAGUGCGGCAAGAUGAUCGCCCAGCUCAGCUCGGGCCCGUCGGUGGCCCUGGAGCUCAGUGGGGCGGUGGAGGGUCAGGAUACGGUGGAGGUGGUCCGAGAGCUGGCCGGCCCGCGCGACCCGCACCUGGCCCAGCUGCUCAGACCGGACUCACUGCGGGCCAAGUUUGGCAGAGAUACCAUCUGUAACGCGGUCUACUGCACCGAUCUUCCAGAGGACAGUCUGAUGGACAGGGAGUAUCUGUUCAGGAUACUGCAGCCCUGCUGAUGGCUCGCUGCUUCUUAUGAGCCCUGAAUUGGUGGAUAUGCUUCCAAAUAAUCUGCAAGGAAGACGGCUCUGAACUCUGAUUCACCGAAAAGAUUGAAGUGAGAACUGGGCGGAGAAGAAUAACCAUUGGCUUCAAAGUUCCGUACGACAUUGCAAUGAUUGAACCAUGCCUCUCCCGGCGAUGAAGGCAAAUUUCGCAAACGCAUUUGAUUUCGCAAACGCAUUUGAUGAACAUUGCAUGAAUGAGGAUAUCAAAUGAUAGAUGUUUUAUGGAAUCUUAAUUUCGAAUGUUAUUUGGUGGUGUCGCGCAGGUUGAUUGUCUCAGGACAGCCUCAGUUUCGCGUACUAAAAAGAGGUAUGAUAUAUGGUUGAGUAAAAAACAACAUCCCUGUUUUGCCA